AUGGAGCCGAGGGGCCGGGGGCGGAGGGGGCGGCGGCCGGAGCCGCGAGUGGCCGCCGAGGAGCGGGUGCAAGAGGGGACCCCGGAGAGGGGCGAGGGGGGGAAAUUGAACACGCACACGGAGAGAGGGAAGGGAGGAAAAGGAGCGGGAGAAAGCGAGCAGGACCGGAGACCACCCAAAAAGCAAGCGGGGGAGGGGGGGGGCAUCCGGCUCCCGGCUUCCCCGCUCGCCGCUCCCCCCCCCAUCCUCCUCGAAGCCGCCGAGUCCCCUCCUCCCGGGAGCUGCGGCCCGUCCCCGGGGGACGGCGGCGGCGGCGGGCCCGCGGGGAGCCGAGGGGCGGAGGGGGCUCGGGCCGGGCCGCGGGAAACUUCGGCGGCGAGCGGCGGCCCUUGCCCCGGGGCGGGCGGGGGAGCAGCGAGCGGAGUUUGGCGGGCGAGGAAGCGGCAGGCAGGGGAGGAGAAGCCGCAGGAGCCGGGCGCGGGGGGAGCGGAGGGCGGCGGGACCUCGCGGCUUUCCCGCCGGCUGCCCGCGCCCGCCAGCCCCGGAGCCCCCCUUCGUCCCCCGGCGGCGCCCCUAACCCUGCCCGCAGCCACGGGCUCUGAACGAAAGCGAAACGCGGGGCUGCCGGCGGCGGGGAGGCGCGGGCAGCGGGCUGGCAACGGGGGAGGGCGGGAGAGAGGGGGAGGCGAGGCGGCAGGAGGCACCGAGAAGUGGCUGGAGUUGGGAGGAUGCGGCGGCGGCAGCGGCUGCAACUUCGCCGAAAGGACCCGGAGCGAGGCGGACGCUGCCGGCGCCGGGAGGGAUCAGGUUGCGGUAGAAAUAAGCUCUGGAGGCGAACGGGUGUGCGGAGCAAAGUGCGGCUGCGAAGGGAGUGCGAGGGGCUACCCGUGCCCGGGACGGCGGCGGACAGCCGGAACGGAGCGCCGGGGGACGAGGAGCCCGCCGCCCUAAGGGAGACGUGGCCGGGCAGAGCCGGGGCAGCGAGGGGCGGCGGGGCCGGGGCUCGGCGGUGACCUGUUGGCGGGGCGAGCCCGAGCGCGCCCCGGCGGGGCUGUCGGGGGCCGGGGCCGAGCCGCUCCGCCGUGGGAUGGUUUCAGCUUCCCGCCAGCCGCCCCCCGGCUCCGCCCGCCGCCGCUCGGCCCCCCCCGGCCCCCGCUCCUCUCCUUUAUCCGCCGGCACGGGGAUGCGCCCCGCGGCUGACGGGGGGGCUGCGGGAGCGGAUUGCGGGACGUGGCGGAGCGACCCAGCCGCAGGUGACACCAGCGGCGGCUCCCGGGCUCACGCCGCUCGCAGGGCUGGCUGUGCCAGGCGUGCACAUGUCCCUGCGCGAAACGCGGGCGUGUGUCUGAACCGGAGAUGUAGAUAUAUAUAUGGGGCUUGAUUUAUAUCUAAUGGCACGUAUAAAGCUUUUGAAGGUGGCUGCAAUGUAAAAAGUAAUGACUUUAUUACCCCUGAAAGGUUCUGCGGUUCGCAGUUAACACUCCUCUGAAUUACAAUUCAUUACGCUCUCUAAAGCCAACCUGCAUCAGAACACCUACCUGUGCUUAUUCCCAAUCACAGGCAUCGUUCAUUGAUUUUCUUUUCUAAAAAUCAUAGCAAAUUAAGCACUUGGUGACAACUAAAUCUGUUUCAUUAUCGUGCCGCGUUUGAGAUUCCAGAGGUGACUUCCCAGAUCGCAUCUCAAAACCUACAGUCAGGAGCUAAUUUUACAGAUGCUUUCAUGAAUGGCAGCGAGGAUGUUCUUACCAUCAGCAUGCCCUUAAUUCCAGCACCGUAAAAAUGCCUCGAUUUAAAUGGAAACUCGCUGCCUUAAAAAUAAUAUUUCAUCCUGGCUGGAUAAUUAUUAAUAUUAGCAUUUGAUCGCAAAAGUGCUGGCUCCCCCUCGUUCCUGUACCCCCCCACCCCACCCCACCGCGCUUCGCAUUGUCAUGUGAUUGGAGGGAGAUAACAAACCUCAAGAAAGAAAAGGAGUGAGAAGACAUUUUUAACACGGCAUGACCGCAGAUUAAUAAUGCAGGUGGGUUUUUAUUUCAUUGUAUUUUUAGGGGAAGGGAACGAGGCUGUUUAACGAGCAGUCGUGGACACAAAGUGACUGUAUUUACAAUCCUUGAUGUGGCUUUCGGGUAUGAAUUUGGUACUUCUAGUUCUUCUGAAGCUCCCUACUCAAUGGAAUAUGUAUGGAUACCCCAGGUAAAUCUGCAGCUACCCUGAGGAUUUCCCAGGGCACACCUGCCACCCUGACCCACACACUGAGAAGAGGCCAGGAACAAGAAAUGACACUUUAGUUAUCUCCAAAGAGGGUGCUAAAUGUGUAAGAUAAAGAGAACAUAAAUAAAUAUCUUUGCUAACA